AUGAGGGGCAGCCAUCGCGCGAGCAGCCACUCUGUGGUCAGCGUGGGGCCCCCGAAGAACAGAUGCUCCAGGAUCCAGGUCUUCAUCACAUCGAAGGCGGCGGCGGUGAUCUUUUGGGUCCUUACCAUUGCACACUGUGCCAUCUACAUGCUGGGGCCCGGGAUGUUCCGGCAGCUUCUUGAUUUCGUGAUCUGGGUUUGGGUGACAGGCGGACCCCUGGCGGUCAUGACUGUCACGGAGGUGGCUGUCCGCGUCUCCGCACAGGGUGGCCCCCUCUGGAGGUGGCGAUCUUGGCGGAAGGUGAUGAUACCAUUGUAUCACCAGCUGGAGGCCCUGGUCCUCGCACUCAUGGCCUACCGUGGCGGCAUGAGUAUCUAUCUCCUUAAGGUGGCGCUUGAGGCCCAAGGCGACCUUCCGGCUAUGGUGUCGGAUCAGGACAAGGCCACCGUUUUGGUGCUUUGUGCCUAUCGCGCACUGCGCACCUGGGGGGACUUGCAUGGCGUCUCUGUGCAUCAGACGCUUCAGCAAAGACGGCUGAGGGCGAAGCUGAACAAGCUUUGGAUGGAUGAGUACCAACAAAAGCUACAAGAGCAUCGAGCACGGUUGGUCGUGAAAAUCCAGCGCAUGGUGGACAGGAAAGUCCCGCAGCUGCUCUUCCUGCUUGCCUCCUUGAUCUACUGCGGGGCGGAAGUUUUCGACUUCGUACGCACUUCCCAAGUUCUGGGCUACGUGCUCCUGGUGGCCUUCGGCUGCGAAUUCCUCAUAAGGACGAAGGCACAGGGUGGAGAGAUCUUUUUCCGGCCUCUUUUCAACAAGCUGGAGUUCUUUGUGCUUACCGCUGGCACCUGGUGCCUCUUCUACGCCUCCUGGUACACGCAGUACCUGGCCUCCUCCAAAGCCGAAGCAACGGCCGUGGCCGCAGCCACGGCCACCCUUCUGCUGCUCCACCGCUGCAUUCGACUUCUGGGAAUCCAGCUCAAGGUCUCUGCGAGUGAGUUCGAUGCGGACAGCGUGAUGAGUGCCAAGGCGAUGCAAAUUUUCAUGGCGAAGUUUGGCACCUUGGUGGACGUUCCGCCGACAAAUGUCAAGGUAGACCUACCCGGCUCUAUGAUCCACAUUCAGAAGGCGAGCCUGAAACCGGAAGCCUUUGCGCAGCUGCACUUGCCGGUCACCGUGACCGGUGGCCUUAUCGAGGACCUCUUCAUCGACUUCUUCAGUUCCGACACCACGAAGGACUUGGGUCGGCCUCUGACCUUCGCUCCCCGUGUCCGGGGUCGGACGAAGAUCCGGAUCAAGAACAUGCUGCUGCUCUUUGGUCCGGGCCCAGGCCUAGCCGAGGCGGGCGAAGGCGAGCCGGGCAGCUACUGGCAGUACGACAGCGUUCGGGCGGCGAAGAGCCGGGUGAUCGACCUCAUCUGCCAGCGCCUCACCGUGCCCUUCCCCACGGCAGCAGACCCAGCGGUAGUCUCGGCGGACUCCUUGGGCUCGAGGCCGCGAAAGACUUUCCGGCAGAUGGGCCAGAACUUGAUCAAAGGUGCUCGUUACAAAGUUGGCACGGCUGUGGCGCAGGGCUUCCGCAGGCUGCGGAUGGCGCUGCAAGACAGUUCUGUACGCCAUGUGGACAUGAACGUGCACAAUGUCAUGGUGCAGUUCGAAGAUCAUGAGGGCUUGCUUGGCCACGGCUGCCUGAACCUCGGAGUCAAGGUGGACUGCGUGAAGCUGCAUCGGCACCAGGGUCGCCACUUCAGCGCGCAGCUGACCCGCUGGUCGCUCUACGCCGAGCCAUUUGCAGCGGCAAAUGCGAGCAGGCGAACCUCCAUGUCUGGAUGGAGGCCCAACAGGACUGUGAACAAGAUGGUCCGGUUGACCUGCGCCGAGCGGUUUCGCUCCUGGGCCUUUGCGAAGAUGGAGGACGACCAUCCACCAGAUCCGCUUGCACUGAUGAAGCGCAUUGAGCGCUUCCCCGAGAGGCACAACAUCCUCACGGUGCAGCAGGUGGUGGUGCGUGGAAGCCCGGCGGAGACCCAGGUGGCAGAGGAGCCGAUCAAGAAGCCCUCGACUGAGAGCCGGCUGCUUGCACCCCUCCGGGCAGUCUUGCGCAAGGACGAGCCUUCAGCAUCGGCCUCCCGAUCGGUGGACAUCGAGAGCCAACUCUUUGGCUCGGAUUCCUCGCAGGUGGACGCCUGGGAGUGGACGAUAAACGUGCGGCCCAUCCGCGUGAUUGUGGACGACAUGCAGUUUCGCUGCCUCAGGUAUGUACGCCGCUGCGUCGCCAACUGGUGGGCCUGGGAUACGGCCUUCCAGUGGUAUCCGGACUUGCGGCCCUGUGACCCAGAGGUUCGGCGCGCCUCGCCGGCGGAGCGAAGCGUGGUGGUGCGCUUUUGGUGGGUCUAUGCCGCCCAUCGUGCUCUCGUAUCCUUGGGCCGGCGUCCGAACUUCAUCUACCUGAACCUGGUGCGUAAGGCCAGCUACCGCCACAAACACCGCACCCUCAUCACAGAAGUGCUUGAACGGUCGAGCCCACUGAUCCCUGGGGCACGAUUAGCGCUGAAGGCUUCGGCGCAUCAGCGGCAGCAGCUGUCAGAGCUGCAGAUCCACCUGCCCUAUCCGGACAUCCUCACAUGCUUUCGGGAGGAGCUGGGGAAGUGCGCGAUGAGAGGAUGGGCAGCCCGGCCGGCAGCUAUGUCUGCAAGGGACGGGCCCUUGCCCGAAAGGGACGAGGAGCUGGACUCCGUUGUUGAGGAUUCCGACUCCGAUGUUUCGGAGGGUUCUGUGCCUGGUGACCUCUCAGGCGACGAGGACCAGCCGGAGGCGGAGCCGAGUCUAGGCGGCCACUGGGAGCUGAGGUGGACGGCUCUGGAAGUCUUCGUCUUGGGCUGGAGAUCGAACGUGUCCCGGCCCAUCCUUCUCCACAGCAAGCUGCGGGAGAUGUGUCUCGAAGCGGACGUUCGCAACCAGGCGAAGCCGGGAGAACACUGCGGGUUGAGGGGCUUCGAGUGCUGGGUCUGUCAAAGUGGUCAGGAUAGGAACUAG